AUGAACAACGAAUUUGAACGAGAGGUUGGUUUUAUCAAUAGUGAGCCAUCGCUUGCCGAGUGCCUGACAUCCUUUCCUCCUGUAAGCGAGACAUUUCAAAGUUCAUCAAUCAAGAACUCGACGCUUUCACAUUCGACACUGAUUCCUCCUCCUUUUGAGCAGAGCUUCUGCAGCUUGGACCCUGGUAACACACACCAAAAUGGGAAAACCCACACUUCAAAAGGCAUUGGUCGGGCCACGUUAGGGGACAAACCUCUGGAAUAUCCGUGGAUGAGAGAAAAGAAAAACCACAAGAAAAAAACAGUCCCUGCGCCAGGAUCAUUCUCGUCUUGUUCUUCCAAUGAAGAAAACGAAGAGCUUAAUGAACCGGAUAACGGGAGUCCUUUUGACAGCUCCAGGAGACUACGAACCACUUACACUAACACUCAGCUGUUGGAGCUUGAGAAGGAAUUUCAUUACAACAGAUACCUUUGUAGACCACGGAGGGUAGAAAUCGCAGCUCUCCUCGAUUUAACAGAAAGGCAAGUCAAAGUCUGGUUUCAGAACAGACGCAUGAAACACAAGAGACAAACUCGAUUCAAACAAAGCCAAAAUGCUGAUUCAAAGCGCCAUUUUGCCAACAAUGUUAAUCAGAGUGGAUUUUCCACGAGAAGUUUUGAGACACAUGUAAAUAAAUCUUUGAAUUCAAUAGACAGUGAAAACAUUACAAAGCAAGAUAUUUGUGGUCUUACACAUAAAGAUACAUUGAGCGAUAUCAGCAGUGACUUGCUCAGUGUUGUUGGCACUUCUCUGAUCUCCACUGAGGGAGCCCAGAGCCAUACUUUCCAUCAGGGUUCAGAUGAAACAGACUGUCUGCUACCUAUGCUGAAGAACUGCUCGGCUGGAACAAGCCCCAGCAGUCCGGAGAGUUUCAGUAUCCCAUCUCUGGAGGAUUUAGACAAAAUUACAAUCGAACCCCGUCUAGAUCUGAUAGAAGAAUUACCUCAAAUGUCUUUGUUGGAAAACGAAGGCACACUAGUUAUUCCGUCUAAUGUUUUUGACUUUUUAAGUGACAGUUUUAGUUCCAAUGAUUUGCAGCAGCUGCAGUUUUAG